AUGGCUGCGCAGCUCUCCAGCGCGCAUUUCCAGGAGGCAGGGCGCUUCAUCGCCGGCAUCUACACGUUUGGGGCCCCGAAGGUCGGCAACAAGAAGUUUGUGCAGAGCUACGGCAAGCGGCUGGGCCAGGUCACGUAUGCGUGGUGGAACGAGAAGGAUAUUGUGCCCUUCCUGCCGCCCCAGGUCUGGCUGGGCUACCGCCACCUGGAACCAGAAUCCCGCUGGCGCGUAUGGAACGGCACCUGCGCGCAAGCGCACUGCAGCAUCUUUGACAUGGCCGCGGGCCGCGCGUGCCUUUCUCUCGACUGCCCGACCGUGACGGCAGCGGUGUGCAUGUUCAACGAAGAGCGGGACCACAAGCAGCAGGCGUACGUGUCCAGCCUCAGGAAAUGCAUGCCCCGCAGCGCCGUGCCUGACGCGUGCCUUGCUGCCAUCUAG